AUACAUAAGUUUUGUUUUCAGAUUUGUUUUCAAAAAUGCUGGGGUUCAUUCUAACUCUGAUAUGCAGCAGUGCUGUAUUUGGUUUGCCUCAGCUGGAGAAGGAAAGUGAACCAACUACUGUUCGUGUGGGUAGUAGUGUUGGAAGACAAUUUCCAGCUUUAUCCAGGAAUCCAGAAGAUCUUAAUACCGCGGCUAACUGUGACUUUAAGUCCGAUGCUGAGGUGUCUAUGUGUGGAUGGGAUAAUCUUGGGAAUGCAACAGUUCUAAAGUGGAUUGCAAGCAAGGGAGCUGAUGCAUACUGGAUAGGGGGUCCAAGGACUGACACCUCGGUUGAGAAUGAAAAUGGUGGAUAUGUGUUCUUUGAAACAUCUACUCUUCCUCAGGCUGAGAGUACUAAUACUGUAUCAGCAAUGAUUGAAUCCCCAUUACUAGGCACUACAGGUUCUCGUGGACAUUGCGUAACUUUUAGUUACGCAAUUUCUGGUCUUUCUGCUGAUAGAUUGCGUAUUCUUCUUCACCCAGUUGAUUACAGGGAGGAUCCAGAUUCAGCUGAUUUCUCUAACGAUGUUGUAUUGGCCAGUCUUCUAGAUGAUACAAGAGGUGCAUGGAAAUCCGCGAAAGUGAUGUACACAUUUCCAGAGGAGCAUACUUUGAUAAUUGAGGCAAUUCCAGUAUCUGAGUCUAAUCAAGCAAGACGGUAUAGAGGAUAUAUGGCAGUAGAUGAUAUCGUUUUCAAGGCAGGAGAUGAAUGUUCUGGUCAUUGUACGUUUGACUCUGGACUCUGUGGGUUUAAGAACGAGGCUGAGGGGAACUUCAACUGGGAAGUGGGCCGAGGUAGUAACAACCCUAAUACUGGUCCACAGAGAGAUCAUUCUAGCUUCUCAACCAACAGAAUCACAGGGGCAUUCGCCUUCAUUGAUGCAAGCUAUCCUAGACGACCGGACGACAGAGCGCUUCUAACCAGUGAAGAGUUCCCUCCAACAGAUGAGGAUGACCAAGGUCCACUUUGUUUAAGGUUCUGGACUCACAUGUUUGGAAACGGAAUAGGUUCACUGAAUGUUUAUGUUCGGGAUGGAGAGACUGACCGCAAGAUCUGGGGGCUGACAGGGGACGCAGGAAAUAACUGGUAUAUGGGACAAGCGCCAAUAUCUUCAAUACAAAAGUUUAAGAUUGUAUUUGAGGGAGUAGUUGGUAGGAAUAGUCUGGGUAACAUUGCUAUAGAUGAUAUAUCAAUUGCUCCAGGAGUUUGUCCUACUGCACCCCAGGUUGCGGCCCCCGCGCUUGGAGAUUGUGCAUUUGAAGACGAUGAGUGUGGUUGGAGCAAUCCUGAGAAGCGCGAAAACGUGGAUGAAUUAGAUUGGGAAAGAUCCGCGGCAGCCGAGGGAGCCAGGUUUCCUUUGGCGGAUCAUACGACAGGAACAGAUCUUGGCUUCUUUAUCCAACUCUCAAAGGAUAAUUUACAAAAAGCCGGAGACAGAGCUUUUUUCGUGAGCCGUGAGCUUGAGGGUAGCAGUAUUCCUAGAUGUUUAUCCUUCUGGUUCUAUAUGUAUGAACCUAUUGUGGAUAAUACUGGACCUAACCUGGGCAAACUAGCUGUCUGGACAAGGACUAUUGAUAGUGAGGAUAACCUUGUUAUGACCCCUGUCUGGAGAUUACACAAUGGAUUUGGACCCUCCUGGGCCUUCGCUCAAACACAGAUCUCAACAGAUACAACAUUCCAGGUUGUUAUUGAAGGAGUUUGGGGGAACAACAGGGCCAGCGGUUUUAUAGCUGUUGAUGAUGUUACGUUUUAUCAAGGUAACUGUGUUACAGUACCCGAGCCUGCUUCAAUAGUAACAGGAGAAUGUACGUUUGAUCGGGAUUCCUGUGGAUGGAAAAACUCCUCAAAUGGUGAAAGUUUUGAUUGGCGAAUGGCUACCCUGACAAAGCGGCCUGCGAACCUGCCUGAUAAAACCUAUGGAGCUCCUGUGGGUUAUGCUUACUUUGAUAUAUUUAAUACAGGGAGCAGAACGGAUACGGUUCGAAUGAUAUCUCCUGUUCUACAAUCUAAGGAUAGCAUUGAUCAGCUCUGUUUCUCCUUCUGGUUUGCAGCUUUCGGAGCAGGAGAAUCUACCCUUCUAAAGAUAUACAGUAAGGACGAUGGAGAAGAUUCUGAGACCGAAGGAGAAAGUGAUGUUCCUAUUUGGGAACUAAAUGCUGCAAAACUUGACACAGCUCGUCCUGAUUGGGAGCCAGCACAGGUUUCUGUAAAUUUGAACCGAAAGAUUCGUCUGCUUAUUGUUGGAGAGGCCAGCAAUGGAGGGUUUGCCAUUGACCAGCUAACCUUCAGUCCUGGAGCUUGUAAAGUUCGUCCUGAGUCAGCUGUUCCAGCUGCAUAGACUGCAUCAAUGCACCCUCUAUACAGAUUCUUUAGAAGAUGCAUCAAUAUAUUCUCCAUAAUGCAAAACUGCAUCAAUUGCAUCCAAUUUAAGCAAAAAUGCCAUUCGAACUCAGAUUUAUCAAAACUAAAAAAAUACAUUUUCUACCUACUAAGACUGGAAAAUGUAUACAUUGGUUAGGCUGAAAAAUAAAUUUUCUAAAAUGAACUCUAUAAAUACAUAUUAAAACUUGCAUUUACACAUUAUUAUAAAUUCCAAAG